GAGGGGCCGGGCUCCGCGUGGGCUGUUCGGGCAGUUUCCCCCCACCACACACACACACACACGCGCGCGCGCGCGGAGGGGCCGGGUCGUGGGAGGCUGGCUGCCGGUUACUGCAGCCUCUUCGCCUGGCCUUCUUGGAAAUCCCGGGGCCUCUCCGCCCCCAGCCCGGUGCUGCUGCAGCAUGGCCGCCUCCGAAGCUCCCUGCUACUUGGGAUGGGACUUCAGCACCCAGCAGCUUAAAGUUAUUGCCAUUGAUGAGCAGCUGAGAGUCAUCUAUGAGGAUAACAUUCAUUUCGACAAAGACCUUCCGGAAUUUGGGACUCAUUGCGGUGUCCAUGUCCACAGUGAUAAGCUGACAGUGACUUCUCCUGUGUUAAUGUGGGUCAAGGCUCUGGAUAUGAUCUUGGAAAAGAUGAAGUCUUCUGGCUUUAAGUUCUCUCAUGUGAGAGCUUUUUCUGGGGCUGGACAGCAACAUGGGAGCGUGUAUUGGAAAGAAGGAGCCAGCCAAAUUUUAAAGAAUUUAUCACCUGAUCUUCCUUUACAUCAGCUACUAAAGGCUUGUUUUUCUGUCAGUGACAGCCCUGUUUGGAUGGAUUCCAGUACUACUACCCAGUGCUUAUCGCUUGAGAAAGCUGUUGGAGGGGCACAAAACCUAGCUAAUAUAACCGGUUCACGAGCAUGCGAGCGUUUUACAGGAAACCAGAUCGCAAAGAUUUACAGCCAGAAUCCUGAGGUCUACGUACAAACUGAGAGAAUCUCUCUGGUUAGUAGCUUUGCAGCAUCUCUUUUUCUAAGUGCUUAUGCACCCAUCGAUUAUUGUGAUGGUUCUGGAAUGAAUUUACUGCAGAUUCAUGAUAAAAUAUGGUCCACCGCCUGCCUCAAUGCUUGUGCGCCUGGAUUAGAAGAAAAGCUGGGACCUGUUGUGCCAUCCAGUUCAGUAUUGGGCUCUGUUUCUCCAUAUUAUAUUCAGCGCUAUGGGUUUAGUCCAGACUGUAAAGUAGUGACAUUUACCGGGGACAAUCCAGCUUCGCUUGCAGGAAUGAAACUUGAAGAAGGGGACAUUGCGAUUAGCCUUGGCACAAGCGACACAUUGUUUCUUUGGAUUAAAGAACCAGCGCCUGCAUUAGAAGGUCAUAUUUUCUGCAAUCCUGUUGACUCUCGAGCCUAUAUGGCACUUUUAUGUUUUAAGAAUGGCUCUCUAAUAAGAGAGAGGAUCAGAGAUGACUGUGCUUCAGGCUCCUGGGACGAAUUCUCCAAAGCCCUAAAAUAUACUGUUGUUGGAAACAAUGGAAACCUAGGUUUCUAUUUUGAUGUGAUAGAGAUUACUCCUGAAGCUGUUGGGAUUCACAGAUUCAACGGAGACAACAACAAGGUUCCAGACUUUCCAAAGGAGGUGGAGAUACGAGCACUGAUCGAAGGACAGUUCAUGGCCAAGAGGAUUCAUGCUGAAAAGCUGGGAUAUAAAAUCAUGCCAAGAACAAGGAUUUUGGCCACUGGUGGAGCAUCAUAUAAUAAAGAGAUCUUACAGGUCCUGUCUGAUGUGUUUAGCGCACCAGUGUAUACUAUUGACACCGCCAACUCUGCUUGUUUAGGAUGUGCUUACAGAGCAAUUCAUGGGCUUGUGGCAGAAACAAGUGUGUCCUUGGUAGAUGUAGUGAAAUUAGCACCAGAACCUAGAUUAGUUGUUACACCAACCACUGGGGCAGACCAGCUCUACCAGCCCCUUCUGAAAAGAUAUGCAGAGCUUGAACAAAAGGUUCUCUACAGUCCAGUCUCCUCUCAUCUGGCUAAAUAGCAAGAAAAAGAAAAAUCUAACACUAGCCCAAGGAAUUGACUGCCAGGGUGAAGAUCAGAAGAAAGUUGACAGAAUUUACUGCAGUUGUUUAAGGCAUUCUUCGUAUUUUGUGGCCAAAACAAGGUCUAAUACAUAUUAAAAUGUUUUUUUAAAAAGGUGUUUCUGGAAAAGUUGCUGAAAGAUUGAAAUCUUACUUAAACCAUUCAAGUGUUUUUUUGUGUCCACAGCAUCAUUUUUUUUUCUCAGAUCCUUUUCAGCAUUGUAAUUGGUAUUUUGUAAUAGCUGGGUAACAAUAGUCAGGUUAAUUCUAUCUAUCCAUUUACCCAUGUCUUUCUCUGUCUACAUGUCUGUCUCUAGCUAUAUGUCUACCAUAUCUGUCUGUCUGUAUCGUAUCUAUUUUAUCUGUCUGUUAUAUCCAUUUAUCUGUCAUAACUAUCUUUCUAUAAGUCUCUAAUCUGUUUUUUUAUACCAUGUUAUACCAUGUUUAUUAUGGUGCUGCCUUACAGAAAUUACGUAAAGUCCACAAAAAUCUAAGCACCAUUGAUUUUGGAUUCUCUUUCCUUAACAUAUAGGUAUUUUAUGAAGCUGCUAGAUUAUUCUAAAACAGAAGGUGGUGUAUGAAUAUCCAGGGAAUUAUGUUCCUCUGAAAGCAGUUAUUAAUAUUAAAGACAGUACUUUUUAAUUUUCCCUUCUUCAGUCCCGGUGAUGUUCUGUUUCCAUUUGUGGAAAUGCCUUAGUGAGUAUUAUCUGCUAUUACAAAGUACUGUGUUGGCUGCAUUGGAUCAAAUCCCGCCAUAACUUAUGCCUGUGCAAGCACACUGAAGGGUUGCCUGGGUAUGACUAAGAGGGCAGUUUGGCCCAGUGUCUGAAAUGUGAACUCAGUGCUUUUGCAAUUUAUCUGUAAGUAAUGGCUGUGGCCUCUGGCUAAAUGUGCUACAGACAAUAAAGAGUGUUAAAACAAA